GACUGUGCCAACAUGGAUAUGGGAGGCAGUAGCCGGAUCCCCUACGAUGAUUACCCUGUGGUCUUUCUCCCUCCUUAUGAGAAUCCUCCAACCUGGAUCCCCCCUCACGAGAGGAUUUACCAUUCGGAUUACAACAACGAGUUAACCCAGUUCCUGCCUCGAACCAUCAUCCUGAAAAAGCCUUCGGGGGCUCAGCUGGGCUUUAACAUCCGAGGCGGAAAAGCUUCUCAGUUGGGUAUUUUCAUCUCAAAGGUGAUCCCGGAUUCUGACGCCCAUCGAGCCGGGCUGCAGGAAGGAGAUCAAGUCCUGGCCGUGAAUGACGUGGACUUCCAAGACAUUGAGCACAGCAAGGCUGUAGAGAUCUUGAAAACCGCCCGGGAGAUCAUCAUGAGGGUCCGUUUCUUCCCUUACAAUUACCACAGGCAGAAGGAGAGGACGGUCCACUAG